GGAGGACAGGAAAAGAAGCAAUAAAUGGAAUACCCACUUUGAAAAAGACUCUUCCCUUUUAAUUAAUUGUUCUUCUCUCUAUUGUAUAAACCCAAACAUUAUAUUCUCCCAUCCUCUCUCUCCAUCUUCUUAGCUUCUCCUAUUCCUUUCUUGUCUUUCUAUACACAGAGCUUUUUCUUCUGCAGCUCUCUUGUGGAAAAUUUCCAUUCCAUGAACAUCAUUGAUCAUACCACAACACAAGCCACAAACUUCUGUUGUCUUCCUAGUUAGUCCCUUAAGUUAUACAAACUCUCUUUUCCAUCCCAAAUUGAGUUGGUGUCUAUUCUGUUCCCAGCCAAUUUAAUGGAAGUUUCCAGCAGAAGGAGGGCUCUGCUCAAAGUCAUCGUCCUUGGGGAUAGUGGGGUGGGGAAGACAUCCUUAAUGAAUCGGUAUCCACUCGUAAUUAUUUAUCGUAAUACCAUAUGCUUCGGUUAAUUAUAUUAACAUAAGAAAAUACAUAUGGGAACUUUUAAUUUAUUGGGGGUAGAUUAGCUUUCUGAGAGAUAUAUAUAUAUAUAAAUUUGAUCACCUUAGUUAUAUGCUAUAUCAUGUUUUCAUCUUGUCUUGUACCAUUCAAAAUGGGGCAUUGUUAUGUCUGGAGAAAAUUAGGCACAUUAUUGGGCCAUCUGGCUCCAAUUAUUUUUCCUCAUAUGCUGCUGGCUGGUGAUGGAUCACAUUCACAUGGCUUCUAUGAGUUGUCAUAAGCUUAAGGUGUUUGCUUGUAUUUAUCCAUUAUGUGUCUAGUUGGUGCCUUAGAAAUUAAUGCUUCAAAGUUCAAAGUCAAUGAAACUAGUUAUGAGAUUCCAAAUCCUAACUUUCUCCCUAAAACUUACCUUAAGUCGCAUGACCUCUUCGAUAUCUUCAACCAGUAUAGUGUCGUACGAAGAAGUGAAUGAAUGUUACGUGUUCCUUUACAAACCAACUAAGAUAUGUGUACAAGAAGUUCAACCAACAAUACAAAGCGACAAUCGGUGCUGAUUUUGUGACGAAAGAGCUUCAAGUAGAUGACAAAGAUGUCACUUUACAAAUAUGGGACACAGCUGGGCAAGAGAGGUUUCAGAGCCUUGGAUCGGCGUUUUACAGAGGAUCGGAUUGUUGUGUUCUUGUGUACGACGUUAAUGUGCUUAAAUCGUUCGAAACACUGACUAACUGGCAUGAUGAGUUCUUGAAACAGGUAGAUCCAGUACAUCCAGAUGUAUUCCCUUUUGUGUUACUCGGGAAUAAGAUUGACAUUGAUGGUGGAAACAGCAGAGUGGUUUCAGAAAAGAAAGCAAGAGAAUGGUGCAGUAGUAAGGGAGACAUUCCAUACUUCGAGACAUCAGCCAAAGAGGAUUACUAUGUAGAUGAUGCCUUCCAAUCCGUAGCCAAAGUUGCCCUUCAAACCGACCACCAACACGACAUUUACUACCAAGACAUAUCAGAAGCUGUUUCCGAAGUUGAUCAAAGAGGGAGUUGUGCAUGCUAUAACGUUCGACAAAUAUAUGAGCAUCUAAAAUUAGAUGAAAGCAUGAUUCAAACUACGUGAGUGUGAGAUCAACCAUUUGAGUCUCCUACGUACCAAAUUUCAUUUCUAGCGGUUAUAUGACUAUUUGGAGCUAAUUUUUUUCCCACUCUCUUUCUCUUCAUUGAUUCUAUUCAUCAGUGAGCCUAUACCUCAUUGGUGCCGUUGGGUAUAAUUUAGGUGUACAUCAGAAUUCAUUUACUUAUGGUAGCAAGAGAUUACUCUUGUUAUAUGGUGGUGAAGUUUUGUGACU